AUGUCGCGAUACGGAUGGUCGCUCAACCGCGAGCAGAGCUUCGGCGCCAUGUCGGGCGGCGUUCCGGAUGUCACAAACGAAGACUUUAGCUACAUCACCGCCCAAGACAUUGACGACCCUCGAGUCGAAUACACCGACACCCGCUACUAUCCUCCUCGACCGCGCUCCAGAGGACCUUCAGAGCCCGAAGACGACAUCCUGCUGAUCAAGAACAGAGGCGUGACUUAUCCGGCUCACUUUCCUGCCUACUCGAUCGGUGAUGGCAAGCUGUUCGUCAAAGAUGUGCGGGACCGUAUUGGCCUGCUUAUGGAUCUAUCGUCGCGCACAACACGCCGAGUAAAACUGCUCUACAAGGGCAAGCAGCUCAAGGAGUCGAUGUACCCCGUCCGAGAAUAUGGAGUCAAGAACAAGAGCGAGCUCAUGGCCAUCAUCCCCGACGCCGAGGACGACAACAGCGGCCGAUCGGAUGACGAGAUGCUUAUUGUGGAUGAGCCGCGAACCGAGUCCAAAUCCUCAAAGUCAAAGAGCAAGAAGAAGAAGAGCAAGAAGAGGUCUGACAAGAGCGAGGCCACGUCCCCAACCAGCCCCGUUGACAGCGGCUCAAACGCCGACGCGACAAACGGUGUCCCGCCCGAGGUGAUCAGUGCCGCUCUGAAGAAGCUGGGCGACAUCUCUGAUGACUUCCAUUCCAACUGGCUGCCGCUGUGCUUGAAUUAUAUCGACUCGCCCCCCAAGGAUGCCAAGAAACGAGACGAGGAGCACAGGAAGCUGUCUGAAUCCGUCAUGCAGCAAAUCAUCUUGAAGCUCGACGGCGUGGAGACCGAGGGCGUUGAUGAGAUUCGACAGAAACGAAAGGACCUUGUCCGACGAGUCCAAGAGGUGCUCAAGCAGCUGGAUACCGCCAAGGCAUCAUGA